UCGAUGUUUUUGGUGCCCGAACGUGCUCACAACGAUCCAGGCCCAAACGACACUGCAGCAUUUCACGAUUUGUGGAAACUUUUACCAUCCAUUAGGGGAAUGACAGAAGCAAUGCUUGCAAUUUAUUUGACGUAAUUUCGUGAGUGCUCUCCGCAAUUGGGCUCAAUAAUAAUUGAGACCGUUUGCCUUCGAAUUACGUCGUGUCUGCUAUUUCAAAUGAAAUUUCUUUCCUCGUGAUGAUUUUUUGUCGGGAAAAGGAUGAUUAUGAAUUUUUUCAAACUUACGAUACUUCGCGGUUGGGCAUCGAGCGCGAGUUGCAGGGACACAAAAAUUGUAACAUCACGCUUUCUUGGGGUUCUAUCGGCAUGUUCCCUCCGCCACCUUUUUCACCUCCUGCUUCAGCCUUCAAAACGUUUAUACUUCACCAGUUACCACUCCGCUCUUUUCUAUUCUACGAUAUCCCUGUACGAGGGCUGGUGAAAAUGAAACGAUACAAAAAAAGCUCGCAUCGACCAUAAUUAGCUUUUGAAAUACUGUUAUCGGUCGCCUUUUAGUCACCACUAUAUUUUAUUACCAAUAAAACAGUUAUGGACACUUAAAUGCUUAUCGUUAUGGACUAAGUGUCGAUAAUUGAAUGCGUACGAUAAUUUAUGCAAAUGAUGAUUACACGUUUAUCUUUUUACGUUUUCGUAUGAGGUACAUGGCACAGCUGUACAUAAAAAGACCCAUCGUAUUUCAAAUUUCAGUGGUGUUCUCAACGCCUUUAGUUUUUCUGAACUUACAUUAACACUCAAAAAAAGCUAUCAGCAGGAUGGGUUUUUCCCCGAUAAUAUUUUUUGUCGUUAUGUGCGUAGUCAGCCCCACGGUACUGGCCUGGGUCGAGUAUCAGGUUAAUUACGGGUUGGUCGGCGCCGACGUCAAACAAGUCGGUACGGAAAUCUCCGAAAAUCAGGAUUAUCUGAGAGCUAAAACACCGCUUUCGAACGAUAACACGUAUGAGUGGCUCAAGAAUAUCACUGAAGGCAUGAUAGAUUUUCAGGGCGAGAUCAGAUACUGGUAUGCCGAAGAUGAAGAGUACCAAAUCGACCGACAGUAUAAACAGAACCAAUUUGACAUUUGCAUGUAUACGAGUUAUCAAUUUUUCGAACUGGGUCGUAAUCUGCUCACCACCUCAUGGAUACCCGACGAAUAUUGUCCUAUCGAGGCGGGCACCUACCCUGUGAAAGAAUCGUACCAUGACAGUGGCCUGGAAGUACCGCUGAGGAUCUAUAACGAUAAAAACUGGACCUUCACUAUUUACUUGAACGAUUGGGACGGCAAUAGAAUAUUGAAGACGCAGUAUAUCGUUAACACGUAUCAUUAAUAGUUUCCAGGAAAAAUAAGGUUGGGAUAAGUGCAUUGAUGGUUCCUUAUUUCUCGAUGGUACAUCACAUAGAGUUCCAAAAAAAUUCUACAAAAAACGGCUAUGAGCUCAACUGAAGAUAAUUUCAACACAACAAUUCAGAUAAAAUUUUACAAAUCAGGAAAAAACAUUUUAUUUAAGAAAAUUACAAAUCUUUCAUUAUUUUGUAAAGUGUAAAAAAAAAAUUCAAAUAAAAUGUGAGAACAAUUUAAAUACACCACCCCAAAAACAUUGCGAAUGUAAGAAACCGAAAAAUCGUGCUUGAAAACAUUUUGAAAAUCGAUACCCUAUAGUUCUCUCAUCUCCUCAAUAAAAUGAUUAAGCACGUUUCUAAACGUGGCCAAUUAUUUUAGUACGAUAGUUUAUUAUGCAAACGAUGACAGUUGUAUAUAAAAAGAGCGCUAUCCUAUUCCGAAUUUCAACAGUGUACUCAGCGCCUUUGGUAUUUUCGAAGUUGCAUUCACACUGAAAAAUAUUCAUUAGCAGGAUGCGUUUUCUUUGUAUAAUUUUAUUCGUCUUUACGUGUGGAGUCACCGCCUGGGUAAAUAUUUCUUACAACGUGAGAGUCGGUCGACGACCUUAAAAUCAAUGCCGAUAGCAACUUCAUAGCUUCAUUAGAUUCUGAAAUGAUUCACUACGAGCAGCGAAAAAGUGAGUUUUUGAAAACUGAAAACUGUCCGGAGAGCAAGAAGCUAAAAACCUCAGAUUUUGAUUCACAUUAUUUCAACUUGCAAACACUUGCCCCGUAGUUUUUAGCACGUUUUUUUGGGAAUGUGUGCUCAGACACAAUCGUGAGAAAAAAGAUGGAGAUAAUGUUAUUCACAAAAUGAAAUGAAUCGCUUAAAUUUGGUAUGUUGAAACUUCGACGAUGCAAACGCCCUAACUGCGUGAAACUGGAGAAUCAAAAAACUUUGGUAAUCGAAAAAAUGGAGCCUCAUUCACGAGGAAAAAUGAUUAACCUCGCGACGAAGAGCAAUGAACGGAAUUAAUGAUUCGACAGCUCCCUCCUGCGAAUCGUGAAUUAAUAUGGGUUGAGUGGCUACAAGUCGAUACCGAAGUCUCGCCAAAUCAGAACCUUUUGUCAAUAAAUACACCGCGAUUGGGGAGUUGGAGCCGUAUACUUGGCACGAGGCAUGCUCGAAGGCGAGAUCGAAUACACAUACAAUAAUGAGAUCGAAAUAAAUCGACAGUAUCAAAAGGGACCAAUUUGACUUCUGUAAGCAUACGGAUGCGAUCAAUUUUUCGAUGUGGCCUACCAAAUGCUCAUACGCUCGUGGACUUUCGAUGGUUGUCCUAUGGAGAAGGCACGGUCUUAAGGGCACGUACGAGAUGGAAAAUCCUCCGGCCCAAAUGAUACUCCGUGUACCACCGAGGUUGAAUCAGUCUGAGACGUUCGAGUUCACUCUCUUCGUGAACGAGUGGAGUGGCAACUCAAUAUUCAAAACUACGUAUCAAGUGAGAAGAGUUGAGCCUAGGUAUUGACAGGGUUUGAAGCGGUGAAAUAUCGUGUUGGUAAUUUUCCAUGAUUUAAAAAAAAAGUUCAAUUCGAUGUUGAAAACGUUGAAUCGUUAAAAAUCAAGUUUUACAAUGUCAUCUGAAAAAAUAAAUUACCAUGACAAUAAAA